CCAUGCAUGAACAAGAGAGAAAUACAUCAACCACAGCAAUUUCCGCAUUCAUCGACGGCGAGUAUACAGUUUUGCUCUCCAACCAAUGCCACAGUAAAUCGUGAAAAGAAUUAGGUAGCUCCAGUAAACUUACAAUCGGCUCUUUUAGUUUGUAUAUUCUUGGAUUCAAAGUGUUUGCUUGGCAUGCCAGUGUAGCAGAGUUUAUUACCAGGCAUACGUCACAUACAUGUAUAGACAGACACUUCGUCUGUACUGAGUGGCUUCAGUGGUCAAGGUACGUUUGUGCAGGAGGUCGCCGGCGGAAGAAGCAGAUGAUUUUAUCAUGGAGGCUAAUCGGAAUCAAAAUCGUCAAGAAGUUAUCGUGAGUCUCCCUCUCAUUGUGCCCAAUGAUGACAAGAUUCAAGAGAUCAAGGAUAAGUUGGUCACUUAUUUUCGGUCUAAAUGGGGAUGCUACUGCGAAGUGGAGUGCAUUCGUCUAUUUGGGGGAGAUGCCUAUUGCUCGUUGUAUAGAGUUGUCUUUAAUGAACAGUCUGGUGUUGGGAAUGUGCUAUCAAGGCCUGAUCAUGCGAUAGUCGUCGAUGGAAUCAAGAUUGCAUUCAAAAUUCAAACGAGCCAAGCACCCCCUGGUACUUCAAUGUCUUCAUCUUCAGAGGUGCCUUCAGAUCAUGACGAUCAUUUCUCCUUUGUCCAUUUCCGCCAGGAUCCAAGUUUGUCUGGCCACUUUGGUUUCUUCCCACGAGCCCCACAUCAAACACAAGGAACUGUAUCUGGUAUCUCGACACCCCAGGGAAGUACCACGGACACAAACUUUCCAUCGGGUUUCAAGGGAUAUCCAUGUCCUACACAGAGCAGUAGAAAGGAAAACACCCAACGCCUUUUUCCCAAUCAACCUAUUAAAAACCAGCUCGUUGGGGGGAUGUUCGUUCGCCCUUUCCUUGGAGGCAAGCAGGAUGACCAAAUUCAAGGAUUUUACCCCAUUAGUUUUUCACCUGACCAAAUUGACAUGCCGGAGCAGACACUCCCCUUCACCCCAGCAAAUAACCUUCCAGGUAAUUCUUUCUCGCCCAAUAAUCCUCACCAAGCUCGGACCCCAUCAACAUCUGCUGCUGGUUUGUGUGAAAGUGCCACUUGUGACCACAGUGUUCCAGGUGUAACUAACACCGUUUCCGGACUGAACGUGGUAACUAAUGAAGGACUUGCCAUCAAAUUGACCAAGGGAAGCAUUGCUAUGGAAACGGUUGAUGCUAUCGUGAACACAACAGGGAGCGAUUUGAACAUGAAAAAUGGGAUGGUAUCUCAGGCAAUAUUCCAAGCAGCCGGGCCCACCCUCCAGCAAGAAUGCGAUUUUUUGAAAGAUGCUCUAGGUAGUGUAGCACAGUGGUCAUUUAUAGAAACAAGACCAGGUCGUCUUAACUGCCAGAAGAUCUAUCAUUGUGUAUGUGAAGAAUAUAAACAAUUCAAGUCUGAACAGUUACUAAAGCAGCUAGUGGUAAACCUUAUGAUCUCUGCCUGUAGUGAUGGCAUGACCUCAAUGGCAAUCCCUGCACUCGGAACGGGUAGACUGAAUUAUCCACCCGCUGUCACUGCUCGCUGCAUGUAUGAGGCAGCUUUUGAAUUCAGCAGCCAACAUCCAAAUGGAUCACUGAAAGAUGUGCGCUUUGUUGUGUAUGACAAAGACAUGACAACUAUCAAGCGAUUUGAGGAUGAAAUUCAACGUCUUAAUCCAACAUCCUCUGUUACCAUUGGAGGUGCCACUGGCAGAGUCACAGGAAAGACAAACAAGAAACUUAAAAUGACCAGACAGAAAUUACCAACAGAACAACGCCUUAGAGGAGAGGAGAUCACUCAACAGCCCUUUGCCUUUGAUUUGAAUAACAGCACUCUAUCAGCUACUAGAUUUGAACAACCAGUUCAUUGGAAACCGAUGAAUCAAGGGGAAUUGACCGAAAUGGUAAAGCUGACUGCAGGAACUGCGGAGUACACAGCUGUUGAAACCAAGUUUCGAUCAUCAAUGACUAAAGGUUUCUCUCAAAUUGUUGAGGUACAGAGAGUUCAAAAUAAAGAUUUGUUACUGCAGUAUCGGGCCCGUAAAGCUGCACUAGAGAUUCGCCUAAAAAGGUCCGAUGUUGAGAAGGUUCUAUUCCAUGGGACGGAUGAGCAAACCUGCAAUUACAUCAGCAGGCGUGGUUUCAACCGCAGCUUUUGUGGCAAGAAUGCGACAAUGUACGGAAAAGGAACUUAUUUUGCCGUCCAAGCAGGGUAUUCGGCGUGCCCUCAGUUUGCUAAACCAAAUUCAUGUGGCACUCGGCACAUUUUACUGAGCAAGGUUCUUGUAGGGGACCACACCAUAGGCUAUAAAGGAAUACGUGAUCCGCCUCGCAAACCACAGAAUCAUGAUGAACUCUUUGACAGUGUGGUGGACAACAUUACUACUCCAAGCAUUUAUGUCAUAUUUCAUGAUGCCCAGGCAUACCCAGAGUAUGUUAUCAAGUUCAAGUGACAAGGAAUCGGUAUGGUACAUUUGAUCACUAUUUGUGUGUGUACAAAAUAUUGCUAUUUGAAUUUGAUUUCAAAACCUCAGAAUUGGAUUUUGAGCUCCCAUUUUUGAUUUCGUAUGACAAGGGUGUUUU